AUGGCAUCAUCAGAUGAGAUAGAACAUUGUCCUAUAAAUGACCUUCCUGAACUUGCCUUAGUUCAAAUAUUUUCUUAUUUAUCAAUCGAUGAACGAGCUGUUUUAGAAGAAACAUGUAAAUUAUGGUAUAAUAUUCUAAGAAAUUCUCCUAGUCUUGCAUUUACUUGUGUUAUACAAUUACAUGCAUUUGUUGAAGAACCAAUUAAUCCAAUUCCAAACCGAGUUGGUCGUGUUUUACCACGGUGGGUACGGCAAACUCGAGAUCAACCAAAAUAUAUGACAAAUACUGAUCCAAGACCAUAUGGUUAUAUUCAACAAUAUUUAAAACGGUUUCAUAAAGAUGUUAAAAAUUUAUAUAUUGAUGUUGAACAACAUGAUGUUUCGUGUCGUUAUGUUCUUUGUCAACUUUUAACACUUUUUGGACCAGAACAAUGUUCCGAAGGUCGACAAAUUCAUUCAUUUCGUUUACGUUUUAUUAGUCAUAAUCCAUUAUUAAUGAAAUCUCAAAAUAUAAUUCAAGCAUUACGAACAUUUUUUCAAUAUGAUGCUUCCAAAAAUCGUCGAGAAUCUCUUAUUUCAUGUGAUUUAUCCGGUCUUACAAUAUCAUUAGAUGAUGAUACAAUUUUAACAUUAACUAAAAAUAAUCCAUAUUUACGUAAAUUAAAUUUACAAGAUCAAUCAUUAGUUUGUAUUUUAACACCAUUUUGUAUUUUACAAAUAAUUGAUACACUUAAAGAACUUGAAGAUUUAUGGAUUGAUAUGGUAUCAUUAUCAGAUGAGUUUAUUCUAUUGCUUGUUGAAAAAGCUGAUGAUCAACAACUAAUUCGAAAAUCACCACUUAACCAUUUAGGUAUAAGAAUAAGAAGAGAAGAAAAAUUUUCAGAUGAAAUCGAUACAAAAUUAUGGCAAAUGUUACAUGAAAAAUAUCCUGAUUUAAAAAUGACAUUAAAUUUUGGUUUAACAACACCACUUAAUCGUAUUCGAGCUUAUAUGAAUGCUAAUUUACAAUUACCAGUACACACAUUGGUUAUUAAUACACCAAUACCAGUUGCUGACGAACUUUGUUUAGCAGCAAAUAGUUUUAGUGAUACUUUAGAACAUGUUCAUAUUUGUACAUCUGGUCAAUGGGCUGCAAUGACACGAACAACAGCAUUUAAUCAAGCUGUAAUUUAUUUAGCAUAUAGAUGUGUUCAUUUACGUACACUUUAUAUUGAUGUUGCACUACAUGAAGAUACAAUUGAAGAAAUUUAUCAAUUACAUCCUCAUUUGAAAGAACCUGGUGCAAGUAAACUUCUACUUAUUGAUAGUCCUACACAUACUAUUCUCCCACAAGAUAUGGGCGAUUUAUUUGGAUGA